UGUUUCAUGAUGUUGCACUUAACUAUUCCUUUCAAUUAAGGAUCUUUGCUUUUGCUCAGUCAAAUGAAGUUGCUUUCUUUAUGAGUUUUGACGUGCUUCUUCUAGUCCUAGAAGUGUUUCCAUUGGAUUUAAUGGUGAUAAUAUGAGAAUUGUACAGAACUUAAUGGAGCCACUGAGGCAACUUGUGGGAUUGAAAGGAUGGGAUUACUGUGUUCUCUGGAAACUCAGUGAUGAUCAAAGAUUUAUUGAGUGGAUGGAUUGCUGUUGUGCUGGAAUUGAGAUGAUGAAUAAUACUAAAAGUAAUGUUAAUGGUGGAGAGGAGCUUCAAUUUCCAGUUCUUCCAUGUAGGGAUGUUAUAAUUCAGCAUCCAAGAACCAAAUCUUGCCAACUUCUUUCUCAACUUCCUUCUUCUAUUCCCCUAGACCCUGGGUUUAAUCAUGCACAGACUUUGAUAUCAAACCAUCCAAGCUGGAUAAACUUCUCUAAUAGCUCAGAUGCAGAUGUUAUGGAGGGAACAAUUUGGACUAGGGUUUUGAUACCAGUGGUGGGAGGAUUGGUUGAGCUGUUAGCAACUAAAGAAGUGCCUGAAGAUCCACAUGUGAUUGAUUUUAUCACAGCCCAGUGCAGCAUAUCAAUGGAGCAGGAAGUUGCCAUGAUCAAUACAAGCAACAUGGAUGCUAGUUUCUCAUCACCAGUUAACAAUAUGAAUGGGAUGAACAAUGAUAUUCAUUUGGAGCCACAAGUUUCAACAGCAUUAGAAAAUCUAGAUCAUCAUCAGUUUCCAUAUGAUAUCUCCUGUGAUCGAAUUCCUUUGUGCAGUAGUACUUCUAGUACUACUCCAAUGAACUUCUUGCAGCAAUUUAAUUUCACUGCUACUGCCUGUGAAAAGCAAAUGAACUCUUUCCAUUCUUCAUCACGAUGUGGAAUAGCUCAUGAAGAGAUGGAUGCACAAUAUGCAUUGAUCAGUAAAUCAGAGGUUAAUAUGCAUAUGCAGUUGAUGGAGCCAAAUUUGGCCAACGAGGAGCAGCUUCAAGGGAAUGAAAAGGACUCGAACAAACUGGAGAACGGCCGGUCGGAUUCGAUCUCAGAUUGCAGUGACCAGAUUGAUGAUGAGGAUGAUGCUAAGUAUAGGAGGGGAACAGGGAAGGGACCUCAAUCUAAAAACCUUGAAGCUGAGAGGAAAAGAAGGAAAAAGCUCAAUGAUAGGCUUUAUGCUCUUCGAGCUUUGGUUCCCAAAAUUUCAAAAUUGGAUAGAGCUUCGAUUCUUGGGGACGCUAUCGAAUUUGUGGAGGAGUUGAAGAAGCAAGAAAAAGAGCUUCAAGAUGAGCUGGAGAAGCAUUCAGAUGAUGAAGGCGGCAAGAACAAUAAUGCAACCAUGAACGAGAACCACAACAUACUGAAGCCCGAGAUUUUCAGUCAAAAUGGAACGAUUCUUGGGGCUAAAACUGAACAUGAUAAAGCUUCAAAUAGAUUUCAUGGGGGCGCAAAUGCUUCAGAUAAUGGCAGAACUCUUCCCAAACUGAAGAAUCAGGACAUAGAAAUCACUAGUGACAAGGCACAACAAAUGGAGGUGCAAGUUGAGGUGGCACAAUUAGAUGGGAAUAAGUUUUUUGUUAAGGUGUUCUGCGAACAUAAGCCCGGUGGAUUUGUGAGAUUAAUGGAAGCUUUGAAUUCUUUGGGACUGGAAGUAAAAGAUGCCAACAUAACGAGCUUUAGGGGACUUGUUUCAAAUCUGUUCAAAGUAGAGAAAAGAGACAGCGAGACGGUUCAAGCUGAUCAUGUGAGGGACUCGUUGCUGGAGCUAACGAGAAACCCAUCUAGAGUAUGGCCUCAUGAGAUGGCAAAAGCUUCAGAAAGCAUCAAUGGAAUGUUUAACAAUCAUCAUCAACAAGAACACCACCUUCACAAUCACCAUAUGAAUUCCCACCACCAGCAGCUCCACCACCUUCAUAACUAAGUAUUAUGCAUAAUUUCUUAGAGAUUGACCCUAUAAAGAGGACACUUCUUAGACCUUAGUUUUAAUCAGUUUCCAUUAUGUAUGAUUGCCAAUAAGGACCCUUCAAUACAGUAACUUAGUGCUAGUAAUGCUUAUACAUAUAUGUGAUAGAAUACAUAUACAGUAACUCAAUAAACUCAACAGUUCACACUUACAUCUGAAGUGUAUGAAACAUUCAACAAAAUUCAUCACAG